AGCUUUGCUAAGAAGUAGACUUACGAGACAUUUGCACGUCGAUAUAUCAGGUGUUUUGGAUAGGCGUCCUUAUGACCUUAGCUUUAGUGCUAUAUGGCAACCUCUAAGCUCUUGUUGUAAAAGCCAAAUGCAAACGCUUACUUGUUGCUUGAAAUUUACAACAUGUUGCUGAUGUUCUGUCGUCAGAAGUCGACGGUGACAUCCGCAAACGGAAAGCAGUAUGGCAGAAUACAGUGAGGGCGACGCUGAGCUUGAAGGAGAAGAGUUUGAAGGAGAGGAUGUGGGUCAGUGCGUCCUCCAGCCUGUUCCAGUCGCUCAGGAGCCGCCUCCUGAGAGCGACAGCAAGAAGAAGACGAAAGGGAAGCGUAAGAAGCCACCGCCUCCCAUUCGCAUCAACCUGAGCAACUGCAAGUAUGAAGUAUUGCGCAUCGUGCAGCGCAAGCUGGGCUGGAAGGAGGUUGGCGAUGACGACGACUGGGAGAUCUAUUGGACGGACACCUCGGUCAGCAUCGAGCGGAUCAUGAAGCUGACUCGGAUCCAGAAGAUCAACCACUUCAGCGGCAUGUUGGAGAUCUGCCGCAAACGAGCCAUGGCCCGCAACCUGAUGAAGAUGGCUCGGCAGUUUCCGCAGCACUACGACUUCUUUCCGCGCACCUUCAUACUGCCGGGGGACAAGGAGGAGUUCAUGGCGGACAUCCGGGCUCGCGGCAAGAAGCAAGUCUACAUCCUGAAGCCGGACGCCGGCUGCCAGGGCCGCGGCAUCCGACUGGUGCAGGGCGGCAAGGACGAGGUUGUCGCCCGCGUGCUGAGUGAGAUGGCCACCCCCAACGUGGUGGCUCAGCACUACCUGUCCUCGCCGCUGCUCAUCCACGGCUACAAGUUCGACCUGCGCAUAUACGCGCUGGUGCUGUCGUGCGACCCGCUGCGGGUGUUUCUGUUCCAUGAGGGUCUGGCCAGGAUCUGCACCGAAAAGUACUCGCCCCCCAAGGCCAACAACCUGGAUGUCGCCUUCAUGCACCUGACCAACUACGCGGUGAACAAGAAGAACGAGGCGUUUGUGGCGGCGGUGGCCGCCAACGCGAGCAGCGGCGAGGACGCCAGCAAGUGGUGUCUGGCGCAGCUGCGGCAGUACCUCACAGCGAAGGGCCACAACUACGACAAGGUCUGGUCGGACAUCGGCGACCUGAUCAUCAAGUCGCUGUGCAGCGUGCAACCCAUCCUGCGGAACAACUACCGCUCCGUGCUACCGCCCGACAAUGACGGGUUCAGCUGCUUCGAGAUCCUGGGUUACGACAUCAUGCUGGACGCCCAGCUGCGCCCCUGGCUCAUAGAGGUGAACCACUCGCCCUCCUUCAACAUCGACUCGCCGCUGGACCUGGCCAUCAAGGAGGAGCUCAUCACGCAGACCAUUGAGCUGGUGCGUGUCGACCCAAAGAUCAUCGCCAAGACCAAGAAGGCGGAG